GCUGAGGAGGCGAUGAAAAAGAAGCGCCUGAGCGGAGAGGAGGCGCAUGAGGCGGUCAGGAAGACGAGUGACAAAGAGCUCAAACAAGCGAAGGAACAUGAGCAAGAGAAAAGCAUGAAGCCAGCAGAGACGACGUCCGAGUUCGAGAUAUGUUCUUCGGGGGAGGAAGAGGAGGCGAAGGAUGUGGAGGUCGUGUUGGGCUCUCUGAGUCCUGAGGAGCUGGAGAAGCUGAAAGAGGCGGUGGAUGACAGAAAGAAAUUAAUCGGUACACUGAGAGGGAAACCCUGGCCCAUGAGCAAGAAACUCGUCACGCUCAGGGAGUCACAGGAGUUUGUGGAGAAGUCUGAGGGUGCUUUGGGGAAAGGCAGAGGGAGGAAGCUGUAUGCCUACAAGGUUACGCUGAGGAAGAAAUGGAAGAAAUUUCAGAGAGACUUUGAGAACUUCAAGACAGCCUGCAUUCCAUGGGAAAUGAAGAUUAAAGAAAUCGAAAGUCAUUUUGGUUCAUCCGUGGCCUCCUACUUCAUCUUUCUGAGAUGGAUGUAUGGCAUCAACAUGAUCCUCUUUGGUUUGACCUUUGGCCUUGUCAUGGUUCCUGAGGCACUGAUGGGACGGCCAUAUGGCAGCAUUCCCAGGAAGACGGUCCCCAGAGAUGAAGAAGCGAGUGCCAUGAACUUUGCCAUAUUGUGGGACUUUGGGGGCUAUGCGAAGUAUUCGGUCCUUUUCUACGGCUACUACAACAACCAGCGAACCAUCGGCUGGCUCAAGUACCGCAUGCCCCUCUCCUACUUCCUGGUCGGGGUGGGCAUGGCCGCUUAUAGUUACAUGGUGGUGAUUAGGACCAUGGCGCGGAACGCCAGUGAAGAUGGAGGAGGAGAUGACACCAGCUUUAAUUUCAGCUGGAAAAUAUUCACCAGUUGGGAUUACCUCAUUGGGAACGUGGAGACGGCAGACAACAAGUUCGCCUCUAUCACAACUAGCUUUAAAGAGGCCAUUGUAGAGGAGCAGGAGAGCAGAAAAGAUGAUAACAUCCACCUGACACGAUUCCUCCGCGUCUUAGCCAACUUCCUGGUUCUGUGUUGUCUGGCAGGAAGUGGGUAUCUGAUCUACUUCGUGGUGCGCCGGUCCCAGAAGUUUGCCCUAGAAGGGCUGGAUAACUACGGCUGGUGGGAGAGAAACGAAGUGAACAUGGUGAUGUCUCUCUUGGGCAUGUUUUGUCCCAUGCUCUUCGACGUGAUCAGCACGCUGGAGAACUAUCAUCCCCGCAUCGCGCUGCGCUGGCAGCUGGGUCGCAUCUUCGCCCUCUUCCUGGGGAACCUCUACACCUUCAUCAUUGCCCUCAUGGACCAGAUCAACCUUAAGAGGGCUGAAGAGGAGAUAGUGAAGUUCAAUAUGACGAUAUGGCAGGCCAGCCUAUAUAACGGGACCACACCAGAGAACUCGACGGCUCCUCCUAUCACAGUGCACCCUGCUGAUGUGCCCAGGGGCCCCUGCUGGGAGACCAUGGUGGGACAGGAGUUUGUGCGCCUGAUCAUAUCCGACACCAUGACGACCUACAUCACGCUGCUGAUCGGUGACUUCCUGCGGGCCGUGCUGGUGCGCUUCCUCAACUACUGCUGGUGCUGGGACCUGGAGUACAGCUUCCCCUCAUAUUCGGAGUUCGAUGUGAGUGGGAACGUACUUGGCCUCAUAUUCAACCAGGGAAUGAUCUGGAUGGGAGCAUUCUACGCGCCCUGCCUGCCCGCUCUAAACGUCCUGCGCCUGCAUGUGUCCAUGUACCUUCAGUGCUGGGCUGUCAUGUGCUGUGAUGUCCCUCAGGAGCGCGUCUUCAAGGCCUCCGGCUCCAACAACUUCUACAUGGCCAUGCUACUGGUCAUUCUCUUCCUCUCCACACUGCCGGCCAUCUACACCGUCGUGUCCAUCCCGCCUUCCUUUGACUGCGGGCCGUUCAGUGGGAAAAGCCGCAUGUUCGAUGUCAUCCAGGAGACCCUGGAGACAGACUUCCCGGCCUGGUUUGGAAAAGUGUUCAGCUACGUCUCCAACCCGGGGCUGGUCCUUCCUUUUCUACUGCUUAUGGUUCUUGCUAUAUAUUACCUGAACUCCACGUCAAAGACGUACAAGCAGGUCAAUCUGGAACUGAAAAAGAAACUCCAGACCCAAAGUGAGGAGAAUAAGAAGAAGAACAAGCUGGCAGCGGAGCAGGCCAAGAACACGGCCGCUGCAGAGGCACAGACCAGGCAGAGCGGCGGCAGUGCAUCGCGGAAAGAGAGAGACAGCAGCAAGAACAGCAGACAAAAUUGUGGCCACAUUUCUCCUGCAGUACAGGUUGGCUCCAGCACCAAAAGCUCUGCGGCCUCAAGUUCUCAGACCCCUCCUUCCAUCAGACCCCCGGUAACCCAAACCCAUCCCACAUCUGGAUCACUACCGGGACAACCCCGGCAACCAUCGUCUAGGAAACAGCAUGCACCAUCCAGGGGGAGCUGAGCUGAUAUUGGUACUGACAUGGUAGUGGGUGCUGCACAUGUGUGAGUCUAUCGGACACAAUAGUGCCUGGUUCUUCGGGGCCAUUUUUGGACACAGAUUAAACCUAAUUCUUGGAUUAACCCACAAAGUAAGUGGCAGUGCCACAUAGAGAAUGCCACUUUUCAUUAAUACCCUUAGAAGUACACAAACACACCAUAGGAAGCGCAGACCAGCGUUAUCUGUCUGCCCUGUUAAUGCUAUGAUGUGAUGUUUGGAGAGUUCAGUCAUGAACUAUGAGGUCAUUGGGUUUGAUUCCAUCUGAUAAUGUCAUGGCACUGAAUCCAAGCCCUGAAAAACGCACUUACGCCCAGGCUGCUUUAGAGCCCUGUGACUGGUGUCAGUAAGCACAUGAAAAAAAUCUGCCUGCUUAAUAAAAUAAUAUCACUAUUGUGGCUGAAACUACCAUUACUACUACUAUUAAUAACUGAACUUUGAGAUAGUUACUAUACAAUUUGUAACUAAAGCCCAUUGUAGGACCAACACAGAGAGUAUUUUAUCCAUCCAGCUGGAGAGGAAAUGUUUAUUCAAGGCCUCUCAAGACUUGAGUGUUUAUUUGCUCGCAGUAAUGAAGGUCUGAAGUCCCAUGGCUUUUGAUAGGACUAGGCUGACUGGACUGUUAUCUUCGCGAAAGAGAAUGACCUCUCUAGUUACACAACGUCAAGAGGGUGGGGGUUGGUGGUGGUGUGGCACUAAUAAACAUGUCUUCCAUUAACAGCAUAAGGGAGAUAAAAUGUCUGAUAGCUCAAGUGGGGCAAUGAUUUCUGGAUGGGCUGCUCUUGGUUUUGGAAUUCUGCCACUUUUCCAAAUCAUAUGUGCAUCAUAAUAUUACUUUGUGUAAAAAAUAUUUAUAUAAUUAUUUAGUUAAUUCCCCUCAAUUUUAUCAGCGAAAUACAUUAUACAUUAGUCGAAAUACAAUGGUCAUUUUUAGGUGCACAUUUUUGGUCUUCAGUAGUAGGUUCAGUAGUUUUUGCAGUAGUAGUUUUACAGAGGGUGGUUCUGGCAUGGCUUGAAGAUGCUCAGCUGCCUAACUUUCAGUACUGCCUGUUCACUUCUAUUCCAACUGACGUUUACUGAUCCCACAGGACUGACAGUGACAGACUGAGGUCAUCGCUUACUUCUACAACACGUCUCAGUGUCUUCGCAUUAUUAGACGGGUUCUUCAAAUUGAGCCGGUUAAAAAGUUUAUUUUCUUGAAAAAUACCACCUUCAUUUUUAGGGACAGAGGUGAUUGUAAACCAUUCAAUCUUUGUAAAUGUCCCACAUGAAUUUUGCAUUUUUCAGUCAUCCAGAAAUGAAAAAUUGAAGUGAUGUGUUCUUGUCCUAUGUCUUAUCUGUAAGAAGAAACCUCACAGGCUCAGAGUAGAAAUGCCAGUGCUAUAUUACAGUAAAGCAGGACAAUACGUCUCACUGAAGUAUUUUUAAUUCGGGUCAGCACUUUUUUUUUUUUUUUUCCAUGUUACUGUUACAACAGUAGAGGAGAUACUACAGAGCAUCUUUAUGAAGUCAUCAUAAAGAUGUUCAUUUUUACCAGCAGAGUCACUUGGCAAGCUGCGUCAUACCAUUAGCAUUAUUUCACCUUGAUAAACCCAAAAAACCCAACAUCAACAACAAACAAACGUUGAGCUGCAGAGUCUGUUGUCAUAGUAUGUUAUGCCAUUUCAUGCACAAAGUGUCAUGACGCAUCGUAACGUCACCAUUACUCUGUCGCUUGACGUAGUUGUCAAGUGUCGUGUCAAGUUGACAAAAUUGGCUUUUGUGACGUCUAACGCUGGUUGGAAUGUGCAUUCAUAAAUGUUUAUGUAUGUUUACAUCAGUUGUCAUGAAGGGCUCAUAUGUGUGCCAUGUAGCCUUCUUAACAGUAUCCUCCAGUAAAGUGUUACCAAAAUUCCGGUAAAGUGUUAGCAAGAUUCCUGAGAAUACCCUUGAAGAAUUCUGCAGUAGGAAUGCUAUGCAUUAAGAAAUACGAAUCUAAGAAACCUCCACUGCCAUUGUUUUCCCAGUCUUCAGAUUCACAUGGCUGGAGCCUCACAUGCACAGUGCUGUUUCCAGACAUUGGGCUACGUUCCCAAAUCUAUUCUCUGCUCUGUGGGCAUACGCUGUCCUGCUGACGGAUCCUUUUCCACACUGCCACAGAUUUUCUAGAAAAGAUAUGUGAGGUUCACUAAUCAUCUAGGGGGGCCUUACGCUACACUUAGGUAUGGCAUUGGAUACUAUUACUACAACGCACCGUCUCUCAAAGCCUAGAAAGGACCGAUCAUAACAAGAGUCUACACCUAUUAGGUCGCGUCCAGAACUCUAAUUAAAUCCACACACACCUGUCAACAGCUCUGCAUUAAUUUCAUGCACUUGAUAUUUAUUCAUUGGAGACUUGAUGCAUACAUUUCAUUAACAUUGCAGGCACUCAUGCAAAAUGCAUUGGUGAAUAUCAUUAACUAUUAAUGUAAGACAUUUGAGAUUUUUGUUUAUUUAUCCAUUUAGGUAAGACGUGAGUAACUGGAAGAUGCCAGUCUCCCUGUUUCGGGUAUCACAGUCAACUAAGCAAGUGAUUUCCUAGCAAAACAAAUUAUUAUACUAUAUAGAAACUGCGCAUACAGAAAUUUUAAGUUGCUACUGAGUCCUUGACAGAUAUGAAUAUCAUCUCUUCACCUGAAGAAAUUUAUGCAUUUCAUCUGAUCAAAGGGGCAGUGUGUGUAAAUUGCCCUUGUAAGCAGACAUUCAAGCUGUUAGUCUGUAGUUCUCAUGUUAUCACAUGUUACUGUAGUACUAUGUAGAAGAUUAAUUUAGCACAGUUAAUGACAGUGAGUCUCACUUCAUGAUUGAAUGCCAGCGGGUCUCACUUCAAGAUAGGAUGUCAGCGAGUCUCAUGUCAUUAUGGAACAGGUUCCAGAAAUGUGCUGUAAUGAUGAUUUUCUGGAUUCGAUCAGUGUUGCCAUGAAGGGUGCAAUGGAUCUAUUGGUGUUAGUGCCAAAAAUGGAGUAAUGUACAUGAUAAAUUGCAGUGUAACUGGUUUAACUGUCCAAACAUAAGAAAACAAAUGAGGAUAUUACUACUCUAUGUAGGGGACAGGAAGUAAAUUUCUCUCUAACUAAGACUACCCUUAAGUGGAGACUUUGGACUGUAGCUUGUCCAAGGUCAUCGUAAAAUGCAGUGAAAACUGCUAUGAAAUUACCAGGUCAGAUCAUUUCAUAAGCAAGGCAAGGCCCAUUUUAAUGUAUUGAACCUUUGAAAGCCAACAGCAAUUCAAAGUGCUUAACAAAACCAAAUAGAAACAAUGAAGGAAAAAAAUUAAACCAUAAAACCUUUUACAUCAUAAGAUAUA